CUUGAAUGCCUCACGACCCUCAACUGGCAUUACGAGCCGACACCUUUGAAUCGAUCCGCACACCCGGUUUCCGUCGCAUUUGCAAUGGCCACGUCUCAAUUGAGGGCAAUUGGCGCCCUUGCGCGCAACGCGCGCCUGUCACAGCGUGCCUUCACCACCUCCGCCCGGCAACUCGAAGCCGCCGUCACCAAGCCCACGACCGAGACGGCCCCCGCCGCUGCCGAUGAGACCAAGUCUCUCGAGGCCAACCAGGCUCCCAACCGCGUGGGCGUCUGGUCUCGAAGCCAGAAGCCUCGUGCCGUGGCUAUGACUGGUCCUCGAUUUGAGCAGACCGACUUCAGCGUCCAGCCUCGACCUCAAUCGGCUAUCGAGUUGAUUCACAAACAGCCUGUGCGGUGGACUCACGAUCGCAUCGUUGCCUGUGAUGGCGGCGGUGGCGCUGGUGGACACCCUAGGAUCUUCAUCAACACUGACAAGGCCGAGAUUGCUUCCUGCAACUACUGUGGUAUUCCCUACGCCAACGAGCAUCACCGAAAGCACCUCGAAUCCCUCCCCCAGACCUCGUACCCUCUGCAAUAAUUGGGCCUCAGCCGCCUGGAGUUUGAACGAUUGGAAGCUCAUCGGGACAACUCGGCGUGUCAGACACGAGAUUUGGGAUACCAUGUACUGUGCUACAGCUUAGGAGUGUUUGCGAAACAUGUAUAUACUACCCGAAUACAACAAAUGAUUCAACGUAUACUCGUACGGAAGUGUAAAUGGUAUCUGAACAACUCAACGGGUUAGAGUCCAAUGUAACAAGACAGAAAUACCGCUGAUCCAGUAACCACGCCAUGGAAGAUGAUCAGUUGAUUUAUAUUGCUACAUGGGUUUAGUGCUUUGAAUCACGG